UGUGGCACAGCCCUUGUCACCGCGGAGGGAGGGGACAAGGGGCUGCAGCAGCCAUGAGCACCCCUACCUGCCACUUCACAGGCCGGCAGGUGCCAGCAGUGCUGUGCUGAGGUCUCCCUGCUGGGCACAAUCCCUGCACUGCUCAGGGACCGGGCUCUGGCAGAGGUGAGGAUGCCAGGAAGCUCCCUCAAAGGGAAGAAGAAAAAAAAAAAAGUGAAAUUAAAUAAUACAGAAUAAUGUGUAUCCAUGGGAAUACACUCACUCCUGCACGCCUUGCUUUGGAUCCUGUUAGCCUCUGGCACACAUCUCCCCGCGCUGUCACCGUGGCAUUUUCUCCUCCCGCAGCGCCCUGCUGCACUUUGCGUCCUGCUGGUCCCAGGGGGAGCGGGUGGCAGAGCCCGCGUGGCCGAGGGGCGAGCGGGCACCCGCCGGGUGUCCCUUUAAGGGUACACCUGGCUCGGAGCCCUGACCCGCCUCUGAGCUCGGCGUCACCCAGCUCUUCCUCCUUCCCCAGCGGGGUUUCUGUUUCCCCGGCUUCUUUCCCUCGCUGCCCCGAUCCCCGGCACGAGAUGGCUCUGCCCGUCUCGCCGAAUCUGGCGGAGAAGCUGGUGUGCUCCAUCUGCCUGGAGCUCUUCACGGUGCCCGUCACCUUGCCCUGCGGCCACAACUUCUGCGAGCGGUGCAUCGGCGACCACAGGAGCAAGCAGGAGCAGGCGGCCGCCGGGGCCAAGCGGGGCUACCCGUGCCCCGAGUGCCGCUGGAGCUGCGAGCCCCAGCUGGAGCUGAAGAAGAACGUGACCCUGUGCAGCGUGGUGGAGCUGGCGCGGGCGGGCAAGGCGUGGGUGCAGCGGUGCGAGGUGGCCGACGGCGGGCUGUGCCCGCGGCACGGGCGCCCGCUGGAGCUGUACUGCGAGGAGGAGCAGCGGUGCAUCUGCUGCGUCUGCACCGUGCAGCAGUGCCAGCGGCACCGGCGGGCGCUCUUCGAGGACGAGCGCUCCAGGAAGCAGGCUCUUCUGGAAAAGUCCCUGAAAGAAGCCCAGGAGGAGUCAGAGAAGAUCGAGCGGGCGUUGCAGGAGCUGGAGGAGCGAACGCAGAGCAUCAAGGACUCCUCCGAGGGGCUCAGAUCGGUGAUCCUGAGCAAAUUCACCCACCUGGAGAAAGGCCUGGAGGCUUUCCGGUGUCAGAUGGUGGCCAAGGUCGAGCAAGAGCUGGUGGCGGCGCUGGGGCGGGUGGAAGAGGACUCCAGGACCCUGAAGGAUCACCUGGACACCCUCAGACAGCACCAGGAGCAGGCACGGCACCUGCUGGCCUGCACCGCGGACCACAGGACCUUCCUCGAGGAAUUCCCCCUGCUCCCGGCCUGGGAGAGCCUGGCGGUGCCGCCCCCGGUGCAGUUUGACGCGGCCGGUGUGGUGGAGCCCGUCAGCGAGAUCCUCGCCGGCAUCUCCCGGCUCCUGCUGGAGGAUUUGCCCAAUGCCGUGGCCCCCAAAGCCCCCGACCCCGUUGUCCCAGGCCCGGUGCAGCCCAAGGGGACAGAGAUGAAGGCGGCGACCCCUCUCCCCAAGUGCCAGAUCCGAGCUGAGCUUCUGAAGGACCACCGCAACCUCACCUUCGAUCCCGACACGGCCAACAAGUACCUGGAGCUGUCGAAGGGCCACCGGCGAGCCAAGCACGGCACCGGCGCCGCGAGCGGGUGGCAGGAGCGGGGCAGCCCCUUCGAGCCCUGGCAGGUGCUGUGCACGCAGGGCUACGGGCAGGGCUGCCACUACUGGGAGGUGACCAUCUCCAGCCACUCCGUCAUCCUGGGGGUGACGUACCGCGGCCUCCCCCGGCAGCAGCUGCCGGGUCACAAGUUCAGCAUCGGGCUGGACGGGGGCUCGUGGGGGCUGCAGGUGCGGGAGGACGGCUACCUGGCCUGGCACAAGGGCCGGGAGGAGAAAAUCCAGCAGCGGCUCUACGCCGAGCUGGGGGUCCGCCUGGAUUACGGCCGGGGGCUGCUUUCCUUCUACGGGCUCGGGGAGGAGACGCAGCUCAUCCACUGCUUCCACGCCGUCUUCACCGAGCUGCUCUACCCCGUCUUCUGGCUGUGCGAGGGCCGCACCAUCACGCUGGGCCGCAGGGACUGAGCCCCAGCCGGCCCCCUGAGCACCGUACCCGGGGCAGGAUGGGGUACGGUGACUUUAAUGAGAGCCCGAGAGGCCAGGCAUCCAAAUCAGCCCCGAUUUGCAUAUGCAAAUAGCCCAAUGGUGACACAUGAGAGGGAGAAGAUGCACUGGUAGCGGUGAUGCCCUUGCAGCGGGAUGAAGGCCCCGCUCGCUGUGCAGGGGUGCAAGGCCGUGCUCCUCCGCUUCUUCCCCUCCUGGCAAAAGCCCCCAGGCCUGGAGAUUUGGGGUGGGGGGACCCAGGUGCUGCAGGCAAGCUGGUGCAGGUCCCCAGCCCUCCCUAUGUCCCUUUGCUGCUCUCGGAGGUGACAGAGCCACUUUUUGGGGCACUAUGCUGCAGCUGCUCUUUGUGAGACGCCGCUUUCCCCAAUAAAGUGCUGGUUUUCUA